AAACAUAGCUGCUACUCAAUGUAUUUCACUUUAUAUUACUUGCAGAAAUACAUACAUAUAUAUAUGAGAUUUACUGAAUUUUGCUUUAAUUUUCAAUUUUCAGUUUAAAAAUAAUUAAAAACAAAAAAACAUGUUUGCGGGUUUUAAUAUAAUGUUUCCUGAAAAUGCUAGAUUUUUUCAAAAAUUUAAAUGUUAUUCAGUAUCAAUGUUACCUGGAAAUGAACGUCAGGAUGUUGAAAAGGGGGGCAAAAUUAUAAUGCCACCAUCAGCUUUGGAUCAAUUAACAAGAUUAAAUGUAGUGUACCCCAUGCUUUUUAAGCUGACUAAUAAUAAGAAAAGUCGAGUCACGCAUGCCGGUGUGCUAGAAUUUGUUGCAGAUGAGGGCAAAGUUUAUUUACCAUAUUGGAUGAUGCGAAAUUUAUUGCUGGAUGAGGGUGACCUUUUGCAGAUAGAAAAUAUAUCGCUCCCCGUAGCAACCUUCUCAAAGUUUCAACCACAAAGCAUAGAUUUUUUGGAUAUAACUAACCCAAAGGCAGUUUUGGAGAAUGCUUUAAGGUAUUUUUCUUGUCUAACGACAGGAGAUUCGAUUGCAAUAAAAUAUAAUCAACGGAUUUAUGAGCUAUGCGUCUUGGAAACACGGCCUGGAAAUGCGGUUAGCAUAAUAGAGUGUGAUAUGAAUGUUGAAUUUGAAGCACCAUUGGGGUAUAAAGAUCCGAAAACUGAAGAACGGAAAAAGAAUGAGGAGCAGUUUGAAGAACCCAUGGAAGAAGUUGAAGAAGAUAAUAAGUUCACGUUUCGUGGGGAAGGUGUUCGUUUGGAUGGCAAAAAGAAAAAGGAAACCCAAAUUGAUAUAAAAGAUGUUGUGAAAAAAACUCAAGUUAGGGGUAUUCCAGAUUAUAAUCAUCCCAGUGGAUUAAUAAAAUUUAAUAGGAGUAUAAAACCUAUAAGCGAUAGAGUGAAAGAAUCAGUAGACAAAAUCGAAGACGACGUUUCUGACGCAUUUCAUGGUUCUGGGUUUUCUUUGAAAAAAGGUAGAAAAUGAAUAAAAUUGAAUUAGAUAUAAACUACUCAAAAUGAUUUAAUGAUUUUGCAAAUAUCAAAACAUAUUUAUACAGGGUGUCUUAAACUUGGUACGUUCCAAAUAUUGUGUCAAGAGAAAAAACACUAAAUGACCUCACUGAGUUGUGAAGUCUCAAGUAUAUUUUUUUGAACACUGCAAUUUUAACAUUUUCAUUUAUAAUUUGGGAAAUAUGACAAGCAAAUAAAUGAAUAUGAUACAUUUAUUUUAAAGCACAUGAAAGUCCUCUUCUAGCCGUGUAUUACUCGUCUCA